AUGAAAAUCUAUUCACUUUAUAUUUUAAAUAAGGCAGGUGGUCUUAUUUACCAAAAUGAUGUGAAUCCAAGUUUGAAUAAAUUAGGUGCAAAUGAUUACUUGGUUUUAGCUGGUACAUUGCAUGGUGUUCAUGCUAUAGCUUCGAAGUUAACACAUUCAACAAAUUUAAACAAAGAGGAUCCAUCACAUAUAACACAGAAUAACAAUGCAUCAUUAAUCAACACAGGUAAAUCACAAAACUCUGAUUCAAAUAAGUCAGGAUUACAAAGUAUUGAAACAGAUUUCUUCAAUUUAUAUAUUUUUCAAACCUUGACUGGUCUCAAAUUCAUAAUUGUAACGUCACCCAACCCAGUGGUGCACAAUUUACAGCCCAUAGAGAGUUUGGGGAUCUCAAGUAGAGGUGAGCUAUCCAAGCAAUGUACGCUAGUGAAGGACAUUUAUAACCAAUUAUACGUCUUAUAUUCGGACUACGUUAUGAAGGAUCCAUUCUAUUCACUAGAUAUGCCAAUAAAAAGCUCACUUUUCGAAAUGAAAGUUAAGGAACUCAUAUCGUGA